UGCUCGCACAGAGACACACACGACACACAAGAUUUGUCUGGUCUACUGCAUCUGAUGGAGCAGCAGCCAGUGACUUCAUUCUUUUUCCACCCUUUUCUCUUCUCUUCUCUUCCCAUACUAUUCAUAGCAUUUCUCAUCAAGAAAUGGCUCCUCAAUACUUCUACUAUCAACAAACGCCUACCACCUUCACCACCAAAGCUCCCAAUUAUAGGGAAUUUCCACCAACUGGGCUCGCUCCCUCACCAUCCACUCCAAUCUUUAGCUCAACGAUAUGGCCCUCUCAUGCUGCUUCAUUUGGGCAGCACGCCCACACUUGUGGCUUCGUCCGCAGAGGCUGCUCGAGAGAUAAUGAAAACACAUGAUAUUAUCUUUUCAAACAGGCCGAAAAAUAUUAUAGCUAAACGGCUUCUCUACGAUUACAAGGAUGUAUCCAUGUCACCUUAUGGCGAAUUCUGGAGGCAGAUGAAAAGCAUUUUUGUGCUCCAACUUCUGAGUAACAGAAAAGUUCAGUCUUUUCACUUUGUCAGAGAAGAAGAAACAUCCCUCCUGAUGAAGAAGAUUGAAGAGUCAUCCUCUUCAUCCUCGGCGUUGAAUUUAAGCGAAAUGUUCUCGUUGCUAACGAAUGAUGUGGUGUGCAGGACUGCUUUUGGGAGGAAGUACAGUGGAGGGGAAAGUGGGAAGAAGUUUUUGCGGCUCUUGACGGAUUUCUUGGUGGUGUUGGGCAUUUUUGACAUUGGGAACUUCAUUCCAUGGCUUGCAUGGAUCAAUCAUGUCAAUGGUUUAUAUGCUAAAGUGGACAGAGUUGGAAAAGAGAUGGAUGAAUUCCUGGAGCAAGUAGUUGAAGAGCGUACGAAUGUCCUGAAAACAAAGAGUAAUGGCGACGAGAGAGUUGAAGGCGAAGAAGGCAGGGAGGAUUUCCUUGACAUUUUGCUUAGGAUCCACAAAGAAAAUAGUGCUGUUGAUAGAGAUUGCGUCAAAGCUCUCAUCUUGGACGCCUUCUCUGCUGGAACUGACACGACCUCCACGGUCCUAGAAUGGGCAAUGACAGAGCUAUUAAGACACCCCAGAGUGAUGAAUAAAGUAAAAAAUGAAGUGAGAGAGAUUCUUAAAGGCAAACCACAUAUAACAGCUGAUGAUCUGGAGGAAAUGCACUACCUUAAAGCAGUGAUCAAAGAAACUGUUCGUUUGCAUCCUCCUAUCCCAUUACUCGUUCCACAUGAGGCGAGCGAAGAUGUCAGAGUAAUGGGCUAUGACAUUGCAGCCGGAACAAUGGUUCUGAUCAAUGCUUGGGCAAUUGGAAGAGACCCCAUGACAUGGGUUGAACCCGAAGAGUUUCAGCCUGAAAGGUUCUUGAAUUCUUCUAUAGAUUUCAGGGGGCAUGACUUUGAAUUGAUUCCAUUUGGAGCUGGCAGGAGGGGUUGCCCAGGGACCUCUUUCGCAAUUGCCACCAAUGAGUUUGUGUUGGCAAAUCUCGUGCACAAGUUCAACUGGGCAUUGCCUGGUGGAGCCAUGGGAGAACAUCUGGACAUGACUGAAUGCCCUGGUGUUACAAUCCGCAGAAAAAUGCCACUCCUUGCUGUUGCAACUCCAUGUUCUUGCUAGUGUAAUCUGUGACAUUGGCAUGUUUGUUGCUUGUUUCCUGUUUCUGAGAGUGGAACAUAUAUGUUUUUUUUCCUAAUUGAUACUCACACACAGACACAUGCUUCCACUGAUGCUUGAACCCUGACUUUCCUUUGUGAAGUAAGAGCUUGAUACCGCCUGUCGGUGAGUGGAAUGUAUUUAGAAAGUCUGUGUAAAUAUAGACUAAUUAUUAUUAGCUUAAA